CUCUGGAGCGAAAAACAUGGCUCCCAGGAUUGUUUUUCUUUUUUAUUGUUAUUGUUUUAUUGUUAACAUUUUUUCUUAUUUGCUAUCUCUUUUCCACUCUCUGUAUAUAUACAUAGAGUUUUUUUGCUGAACCAUUUGCAAGUCAGUUGCAGACAUCAUGACCUUUAACCCUAAUUUCUUCAGUCCAUUAAACAGCCAGGAUGAGGUUAUCACCCCUAAAAUGAUGACAUAGUCAGAUUUUCUCCAAUCAUCUCCAAAAUGUCUGUAUUUUUUUUAACUUAAAGAUGUUUCUUUUUUGAUUCAGGAUCCAAAGUUCACAAUUGUAUUUAGUUUUCAUGACCCUUUGUUUCCUAAUCUAGAACAGUCCUCCAUGCCUCUUCUUUAUGAGUUUUUAAAAAGACCAGUCCGGUCUUACAAAUUGUCCCAUAUGGUGGAUUUUCCUAAUUGUUCCCUCAUCAUCAGAGUCAGACCAUCCAUUUUUGGCAAGAAUACCACAUAGGCGAUGCUUUGUCUGUUGUGUCUGUGAUGCUGGGUAUAAUCACUUGUUUCAGGUGAUGACUGCCUGAUCUUUCCACUAUAGAAGGACAGUUUUCCUUUUGUGAUAAGUAACCUCUGGAGAUGCUUUGAGACCAUGGAUAUAUCCUGUUUCCCAGCAACCUAUCACCCAGUGGUUUUAUGGUCCAUUCAUGAUCUUUGCCUGAAUCACAAGAUUACCAAUGAUCAGUACCAAUCAUGCAAGUACCAGAUAAGAAAUCAGGCCUCACUGGAGUCAUUCAAGCAAAAGUUGGACAACUACUUUUCCAGAACAGAAAGAAAACUCAUGCGUCAGAAAAGUUUAAAGAAUUUCUUGGAACCUACAAUAAACUUACAGAAACCUGCUUUUUGGACUGUGUUAAAGACUUCACAACAAGAGAAGUAAAACCUGAAGAGACCACCUGUUCAGAACAUUGCUUACAGAAAUAUUUAAAAAUGACUCAAAGAAUAUCCAUGAGAUUUCAGGAAUAUCAUAUUCAGCAGAACGAAGCCCUGGCAGCCAAAGCAGGACUCCUUAGUCAGCCACGGUAGAGUCCUGCUGGAUAGACUCUCCAUCGAAGCCUGCCAAUAGCUGCUGCUCUGGAAACGAGGAUUCAUCUGAUAGAAUCCCCUGAAAGCAGCAGCCACCAUGUUAACCAUCUGUCAUGACUGUUUGGCAAAUGGAAACCACUGGAGAAAAUAAAAUUGCUAUUUGCCAGGGAUAAUCAAAUUAGAAGGUUCAAAGAAAAUAGAAAGAUGCAACCUUUGUUGAGGCCUUAUUUUUCGGGAGCUUAGUCACUUGAUUAGAAAAAUAAACCAAUGUUUCUUAAAUUGUGACUAUUAAUUUUAAAGCAAAAUAUGUGUUCAAUCAUGAAUGAGAUAGAAAAGUUUUUUAUUACUAAAAGUAAAAUAAAUGCAAGUGUCACUGGGCAGUUGUUUUUACUGUAUGGAACCAUAUUACUCUGACUGGACUGUGGAUACGUUGAAAUGUUUUUCAAUCAGGAUCAUCCUCCAAGUAUUCCUGUUCAUUCAUGUCUGCCUCAAGUUGCUGGUGAACACAUAAAAUGGUUACUUGCUAGUCAUUUCAAUGCACGAUCCUUUUCCUGCCUCACUUCUCGUGUCAGGGUGGGCAUUACACAUCCUAGCUGCAUUUCCAUAGAUACCCUCAGGAAACAGCCCACCCAAGACUAGCUUGGGGGUGUUUGAGAGUUGGCUGUUACGCUGUAGUGGAGUCUCUGUUUUGCUGAAAAUACGAGAACCUGAAUGACUGAGCGAGACCAACAACAGCAUACUCUCAGCCAUGACGUGAUCAGUGUAAUAAAAAGUGAUCCAAAGUUAAAGUAGUGUCUUGUGGCUAAGCGAGUCCUAAAACACAAGCAUUUUUAGGAAAUCCUAAUUGAUGCCUAAGCAUAACAAGCAGGUUAGUAAAUGUAAGUAGAUUAAUAAUACCUGUUAAUAACUGUUUAGGGGUGGAUUUCAUAUAUCAAACUCAAGUUAUACUUAAAACACUAAUUAGCCUAUAUGUUUAAAUUUACCAAAGUGACAUCUAUGUUUUGUCACAGUAAUGCAAAGUAGAAGUGUUCUGCUUUGAUAAUUUACUAUUUUCUAUGUUACUUCUAAUUUUUAAGCCAUCAGGUCAUUUAAGUAACAAUAACAUUUAACUUAAAAGGCCUCUGUUGACAUUACAGUCAGUCAAUAACUGUGGUAUCUUUUUAAAGCACAGAGAUAAAAUAUUAACAAUGCUAUCUUUAAAACUGAAAUGCUGAAACCUGUAUAAUACUCUACAAAAUGUCCAAUACAGUACAGUCAAAGAAACAGGAAAGUAUUGGCUUGUUUCACCUUAAGGCAAUAAAAGGCACAAAAAAAAAAAA